AUGAUGAACCCAUCAUCUGCCGACGCGCCGCGGCAGCCAGACAAUAGCAGCCGGAGGCAGCAGCAGCGAUCGUCGUCUCCGGCCGGCCUGAAAGACGCCGGGUCCAAAGCUACGCAGAAGGGCAGCAACUCAUCAAAGCCCAUCACGUCAAAGCAAGGAGGAGCAGGAGGGGGAGGAAGAGGCAGCCGAGGUCAUUCUCCCGUCUCCACCGGCAGGGAGCGGCAGGCCGGAGGCGCUCCUGCCGUCAGAGGCGCGGCUGCUGUCCAGGCUGCUGGUGCUGAAAGCCCGACGCUAAGCAGGCCCGCGUCCGCUUCCGCCGCCGCCCCCGUCCAAACCGCAGAGGACUCCCCGCGUGUCGUUGCCGAUGCUUCCUCGCCCUCCAGAGCAGAUCCUAACCGCGUCGUCUCCGACCAGCCCUGCGCAUCCAAAUCCCCCAAACUGAGGAGCAAAACCCCGAAAGGAGGCGAGGCCGCCGCGACGACGAGCAGCAGCAGCAGCAAGAAGAGCUCCAAAAGCACGGUGGGCUGCGGACCCGGUUUCUGGAAGGAGGGAUGCUUGCAGUCUGAGCUGAUACAGUUUCACCUGAAUAAGAGCCUGGGGAAGAAAGGGACAAAGAUGCAGACGAAAUCAGCAUCUCCACCGGCCUCAGAGCCGGAGCUGUCCCCGGAGCCCGACACCCCACAGCUGGCUCCACAGCCGGACCAGAAGCUGCAGGACGAGAUCGAGAGGCUGGAGGACGAAAAUGACGAUCUGAAGACUGAAAUCGAGGAGAUGCGGGCAGAGAUGGAUGAGAUGCGGGACACCUUCUAUGAAGAAGACGCCUGCCAGCUACAGGACAUGCGCAGAGAGCUGGAGAGAGCCAACAAGAACUGUCGGAUCCUCCAGUAUCGCCUAAAGAAGGCCGAAAGAAAGAGGCUUAGGAUCACAGAAAGUGGCCAAGUGGAUGGAGAGCUGCUCAGAAGUCUGGAACAAGACCUGAAGGUGGCUAAGGAUGUGUCCGUGCGUCUGCACCAUGAGCUGGAGAAUGUGGAGGAGAAGAGAACAAAGACGGAGGAGGAGAAUGAGAAGCUGAGGCAGCAGCUGAUAGAGGUGGAGGUCACCAAACAGGCCCUGCAAAAUGAACUGGAGAAAGCCAAAGAGCUCUCACUAAAAAGAAAAGGAAGCAAGGAUGGGCAGAAGGCUGAGAGAAAGGCUCCGCAGACACCGAUCGAGGAAGAAAACGAGGAUCUGAAAUGCCAGCUAGCCUUCAUCAAGGAGGAGGCCAUCUUGAUGAGGAAAAAGAUGGCAAAGAUUGACAAAGAGAAGGAUCGGCUAGAGCAGGAGCUGCUGAAGUACCGAUCCUUCUACGGGGACGUGGACAGUCCUCUGCCUAAAGGUGAGGCUGGAGGGCCUCCCACCACCCGCGAAUCCGAGCUGAAGCUCCGUUUGCGUCUCGUGGAGGAGGAGGCGAACAUUUUAGGGAGGAAGAUCGUGGAGCUGGAGGUGGAGAACAGAGGACUGAAGGCUGAGCUGGACGACAUGAGGGAGGACAGUCUGGCGGCAGCCGGAGUGGACGGCUCCAGCAGUGGAGGUCAGCAGAGCAGAGAGCAGGGAGAGGCCCUGUCAGAGCUGAGGCAGCAGCUUCAGCUGGUGGAAGAUGAGGCAGAACUUCUCCGCAGAAAUCUAGCAGAUAUAGAAGAAGAGAACAAAAAGGUGACAAAUGAGCUCAAUAAACUUAAAUACAAGGCUGGAUCCCAUGAACCUGGAUCAAGACAUGGAGGAGGAGGAGCUGACCCUGCUAAAGUAGAGGCCCUCCAGGAGGAGCUGAAAGCAGCACGACUGCAGAUCAAUGAGCUGAGCGGCAAAGUUAUGCAGCUCCAGUACGAGAACCGUGUGUUGCUCUCCAACAUGCAGCGCUACGACCUGGCCUCCCACCUGGGCAUCCGCGGCAGCCCUCGAGACAGCGACGCCGAAAGCGACGGAGGACGGGACGACGACACCCCCUCGGCCUCGGCCUCCUCCCCUCGCCUCCUCCCUCCGCACCGCAAGCGAGAGGGCCCCAUCGGGGGGGAGAGUGACUCGGACGAGGUGAGGAACAUCCGCUGCCUCACCCCGACGCGUUCCCUUUACUCACCUGUAGACAGUCGUUUUUUAUCCAGAAGCCUGAAGGACCGGCAACAGAUGAUAGACAUCCGCAUCGAGGCGGAGAGGCUGGGUCGGACCAUCGAUAGGCUCAUCGCUGACACCAGCACUAUCAUCGCUGAGGCCCGAGUGUACGUCACCAACGGGGAGCUGUUUGCUCGGCUGGAUGAGGAUGAGGAGGGUGGCAGGAUCAGAGAACAUGAGCUCCUGUAUCGCAUCAACGCCCAGAUGAAGGCCUUCAGAAAGGAGCUGCAGAGCUUCAUAGACCGGCUGGAUGUCCCCAAGCAGGAGGAUAAACAGGCCGAGGAGCCGCUGUCUAUGUUCCAGCCCAUUAUUUUGCUGAUCCUCAUCCUUGUUCUGUUUUCCUCACUCUCUUAUGCCACCAUUUUUAAAUUGGUAUUUCUUUUCACCCUGUUUUUUGUUCUGUAA